GGUUCCUGAGCUGAAGAAGCAGAGAGCAGCCGUCCUCCUGAGCCACGAUGGCAAAGUUCCUGACCCAGGAUCAGAUUAACGAGUUCAAAGAGUGUUUCUCUCUGUACGACUGCCAGCGGACAGGAAAGGUCAAAGGUCAGGAGCUGAUCACAGUGAUGCGAUGCCUCGGCUCCAGCCCCACCCCCCCCGAGGUCCAGCGACACCUGCUGAGCCACAACAUAGGUCGGGGGGGGGAGCUGGACUUCUCCACCUUCCUGAGCAUCAUGCACCGGCAGCUCCAGCAGGAGGCGCCGGAGCAGGAGAUCCUGGAGGCCCUGAAGAUGGCCGACAAGGAGCACAAAGGCUUCGUCCUCGCCACGGAGCUGCGAGCGAAACUCACCGGGGUCGGAGAGAAACUGACCCACAGAGAAGUGGACGAGCUGCUGAAGGAGGCGGGUGUUGGGCCAGAUGGGCGUGUCCAUUGUGAAGACUUUGCUAAAGCGGUGACGCGCUCGUCUGCAAAACGCUGACGUCGACGCCCACGUCAUCGCUGCUGUGACGACCUUCUCCUCUCAGAGGUCACCUGUCAUCAGACGUUC